AAAGCAAUUUUUUAUUUUUUUUUACUAUUGUGGUGGUGACUGGCGCGACGGCUGACAGGCAACCCAACCCAACUUCUCUUUCUCUCUCUAGAAAAAGGAAAGCCAAAGACAAAAAAAUGUGUUUCAUACAUUCUUGUGAUUGGUUCGGAGUUGAUAAUUCUUUUGCAUGAAACUUGAUGUCUUUAAUCUCUGUAUUUGUAGCUUUUCCAUCUUUUUUUUGUCAUUCCUUCCAUGUGGCAUCAUUUGGGAGACUUGCUUUUUUUCCUUUUUGAAAAUGCAUAUUUUCUUCAUCCUUAAUCAAUGGGGAAUGUAAUUCAGAAAGACUGAAGAAGCUGAGGACUUCCCCAUGGGUUUUGCUGUGGUUGUGUUCCUGAUUUCUCUGGUUUUGAGUCUUGAGGGCUUGGUCAAUGGGGCAAGGCCUGCAGUUGUGAACAUUGGGGCUGUUUUAAGCUAUGAUUCUGUUAUUGGUAAGGUGUCAAAAGUGGCAAUUGAAGCUGCUGUGGCUGAUGUCAAUUCAAAUUCAAGUUUUCUUGGAGGGACUAAGCUGAAUUUGAUCAUGAGGAAUGCUAAUUGUAGUGCUUUAGUUGGAUCAGUUGGAGCAUUUCAGCUUCUUGAAAAGAAUGCAGUUGCAAUCAUUGGGCCAGAAUCCUCCUCCAUUGCACAUGUAGUUUCAUUAAUUUCUAAUGGACUUCAAAUACCAUUAAUAUCCUUUGCGGCCACAGACCCAAGCUUAUGUUCUCUCCAGUUUAACUUUUCCCUUCGGAUAACGCAAAGUGAUUCUUAUCAGAUGGCUGCAAUGGCAGAUUUAAUAUAUUAUAAUGGAUGGAAGCGUGUUAUUGCUAUUUUCAUUGAUGAUGAGUAUGGGAGGAAUGGUCUAUACUCUCUGGAAGAUGAGCUUGCAAAGACUAUGUCAAAAAUCACUUACAAAAUUGCAUUACCGCCUGGAGCUACAUCAGACUUCAUAUCUGAAAUGCUGGAAAAAUCCAAACUAAUCGGCACUCGAGUCUAUGUUGUGCAUGUUAACCCAGACUUUGGUUUACGAAUAUUCUCUUCAGCUGAGCACCUUCAGAUGAUAACUGAUGAAUAUGUAUGGCUGGCAACUCAUUGGCUUUCUACUGCUUUAGAUUCAUCUGAGUCCAACCUGAGCUCACUAAGUUAUUUGCAAGGAGUUGUGGGUUUUCGACAAUACAUUCCACAAACUGACCAGAAAGAUGCUUUUCUAUCCAGAUGGAGGGAAUUGAAAGAAAAAAUUUUGUUAGGUCAGCAACUAAAUAAUUAUGCAUUUUAUGCAUAUGAUACAGUUUGGGCAAUCGCUCGAGCCCUACGGGAAUUCCUUGAUGAUUCGAUGGAUAUAGUAUACAGUAGUAAAAAUAUAAAUACAAGCAUGAAGACGCAAUUUAAAAAGCUCAAAACUUUUGAAGGCGGGCAAGUAUUACUUGACAAAUUAAUACUCUUGAACUUUACUGGUGUGAGUGGUCCAAUUCAAUUUGAUAGCAGUCACAGCCUUGUCAGUGGUGUCUAUGAAAUAAUCAACAUUGUGAAAUCCAGUAUUCAUACAGUUGGUUAUUGGACUAAUCAAUCUCAUCUAUCCCUUGUAUUACCCAAAAAUUUGUAUGAGAACAUGCAGAGGAAUUACAGUACGAAUGAAUCUCUUGGACCUAUUGUAUGGCCUGGUGGAGGAACUAGAAAACCACGGGGUUGGGUGGUUGCAGACAAUCAAAGGCCUCUAAGAAUUGGCAUUCCUCAUAGACACAGCUAUGUUGAUUUUGUGAAAGUCAUGACGGGUAGCCCUAAUCCUACUGGGUAUUGCAUUGAUUUGUUUGAGGCGGCUAUCAAAUUGGUUCCCUAUAAUGUUCCCUAUAAGUUUGUGCCUUUUGGUGAUGGCCAUUCAAAUCCAAAUUAUGAUAAGCUUAUUGACAUGAUUUUUGAAAAUGUGAUUGAUGCAGCUGUUGGUGAUAUUGCCAUUGUUGCAAAUCGUACAAAAGUUGUUGACUUCACUCAGCCAUACAUUUCUGCUGGCCUUGUCAUAGUUGCACCCGUAGAUAGCAUCAAAUCAAAUGUGUGGGUUUUUCUCAGGCCUUUUAGUGUGGGAAUGUGGUGUGUAACAGGAGCAUUUUUCCUCUUAAUUGGUUUAGUUAUCUGGAUACUCGAGCAUCGGGUAAACAAAGACUUUCGAGGUCCUCCAAAGCGGCAAUUAGUGAAUAUGCUCUUGUUUAGUUUCUCAACACUGUUCAAUUCACAUCAAGAAGAAACAACAAGCACCCUUGCACGAAUGGUGAUGAUGAUAUGGCUUUUUUUGCUGAUGGUGAUCACAUCAAGUUACACUGCAAAUUUGACAUCAUUUUUGACCGUGCAGCAGCUCUCAUCGCCUAUAAAAGGAAUUGAUAGUUUGAUUGCAAGUAAUCAGCCAAUUGGUUUUCAAGAAGGUUCUUUUGCUCAAAGCUAUCUGAGAGAUGUUCUUAACAUAGAUCAAUCAAAGCUUGUUUCUCUAGGCUCUCCAGAGGCCUAUGAAAAAGCACUACUGCUGGGACCAAAUGAUGGGGGUGUCGCAGCUAUUGUAGAUGAGCUCCCGUACGUUGAAUUAUUCUUAUCACAGAGGAAGGGAUUCGGCAUUAUUGGGCUGCCAUUCACCAAGAGUGGUUGGGGAUUUGCAUUUCCAAGAGAUUCACCUCUUGCAGCUGAUUUAUCAAUAGCCAUACUGAAGCUUUCUGAAAACAGUGAGCUCCAAAAGAUUCACCAGAAAUGGUUCUGUAAAUCAAGUUGCAUUGUACAUACUAGCUCAAGCUCCAAUCCUGAUGAGCUUCAUUUCACUAGCUUCUGGGGAUUAUUUUUGCUUUGUGGUAUCGCCAUAGUCGCUUCACUUCUCUUAUUCCUCAUUCGAGCAAUCUGCCAGUAUGUUCGGUUCAGGGAAAUACGUAGAGAUCUUCCAUCCACUGAAGAGCCAUCGUCAAGCAAAAGCUGCUCACUGCCCAUUCGUAACUUCUUUGAUUUCAUCGAUGAGAAAGAAGAAGCUAUAAAGAACAUGUUUAAGCAGCAAAAAAACCAGGCUCAACCUCAACCAAUCUGACUGAUGUAUUGAACUGCAGAAGAAUUGCUUAUGAAUUUUUGGGGACAAUUAUGAAGAGUAAAUGUUCUCGACUCUUGUAUAAAAAUGUUCGAUGCAUGGUUUUCUUUGAGUUAUCAGAAGUUUGUCUAGUUGUGCUUUAUGUUA